UCCAAGCCGAGCAGCGUUUCGUUCUCCACCUACAAGUCUCUGAUCAAGUCAUAUAAGUUUGAAUUGUGGGCUGGAAAUGAAGUUACUCCACGGGAGCUAGCCGUUCAUGGGUGGGAAUGCAAAGCCCGUGAUCAGGUACAAUGCAUUGCAUGCAAGCAGUUUCUUUGCACUUCCGUUCCAAAAAUCACUGAAGUUGACAUCAGUGUAUACACCAAAUGCAUGAGACGGGUCCGCGAGAAAAUAGUGAGUUCGCAUGUGCUUACAUGCAUAUACAGAUCGGAACCACUUGAAUUCAAACACUAUGUUGAUGAGAACUUCUUAAACGAUGUGGUUCGGAAGAGGAUCUCCUCAUACAAUAGAGAUGGCCUGAGAAUGAACAUGGUG